AUUCUAAGUGGACAGAGAGACACAGAGGUAGAAAGUGAAGAGAAGCAAACCAAAGAGCAAGAAGAGUGGAAAACGAAGGAAUCCAGAAAUGGAGAAGAAAUGGGUUUCUGUCCUCUUCCUCAUCUCAGCUGUCUGUGGUGUAUCUGCAUAUGUUCCUCAUCGGUAUCACUUUGUGAAUGAGAGUAAAAACUGGACUGAAGCUCAGAGCUACUGCAGACAGAACUACACUGAUCUGGCCACCAUCAGUAAAAUGGAGGAGAUGAAGAAGCUGAAUGCUACUCUGAAUGAGAAAGCUAGAAGCUUUGUUUGGAUCGGUCUGGACAGAGGGGACACUGGGAAAUGGCUCUGGUCUCUAGCAGAUGAAAGUUUCUAUAAGGGGGAAGACACUUACCGAAACUGGAACAGUGGAGAGCCAAACAAUUUAGGGCGAAAUCAAUACUGCGUUGCAAUGAAUAAAGAACCUGGAACGAUUAAUAACGGAACCUGGACUGAUGAAGAAUGUGAUAAACAAUAUACUUUUGUGUGUUUUGACAAAAACAAGACGAACACUGAUAGAUACAUAUUGAUUAAUGAGACAAAGAGUUGGAGUAAGGCUCAGAGCUACUGCAGAGAAAAUUACACAGAUCUGACCAGUGUGAGGAACCAGACGGAGAACCAACAAAUCUGGAAUUUUGCUAAAUAUUCAAUCAGUUCGUGUGUUUGGAUCGGCCUGUUCAACGACUCCUGGAAGUGGUCAGAUCAGAGUGACUCCUCUUUCAGAUUCUGGACGUCUGGCCAGCCAGAUAAUCAGGGUGGAAAUGAGAAGUGUACUCUAGUGUCUAUGACUGACCAGGGUCAAUGGCAUGAUGUGGGCUGUGGAACAACAAACCCAUUCAUCUGCCUUCAGAAUCAGCUGAUCUUGAUCAAGCAGUAUCUGACCUGGAGAGAAGCUCUGAGAUACUGCAAAGAUAAUCAUGUGGAUCUGGUCUCAGUUCACUCUGAGGAGAUCCAGCUCUGGGUGAAGGAGGUGGCGCAGAACGCCUCCACUGAACAUGUGUGGCUGGGUCUGCGUCACACCUGCACCCUCAGCUUCUGGUUCUGGAUGAGUGGAGAGUCUGUCUGCUACCAGAACUGGGCUCCAGGUAACGGGACAGGAGGAGAAGACUGCAGCCCUGUAGAGAGAACCGGAGCGGUGCAGGCUAGAGGAGGUCAGCAGUGGGUCAGCCUGCCUGAGGACCACAAACUCAACUUCAUCUGCCUCAGCUAUGAAAAUUGAAGCCAGGGGUGCUCCCUCGUCUGUACCCAACAUCAGCAGAUCUACAGUUUUAUACCCUUUAUAUCUUUUCCUUAGUUGUGAGAGUUUUGUUGUUAUACAUGUGUAGUGGACACCACCUUGAUUCAUCUGAAAACCCAGUUUGUUCACCAGAAUUCUCUUCCAAAAGCUAAUAGUUUUGGCUUCAAAGAUUCUUGGUUAGUGCCAUAAAAUUGGAUUAAUAAUACUCUACAGCUCAUGUCAAGUACCAGGCCCUGACCCCCCGUGGGGCCUGUCUCCAAUCACUAAUACAAUGGAGAAAUAAACGACUCUCCCUGGAGACAGCAGUGUGGCUCUAAACCACAACCUUUUGAGUAACAGAAAGUCACAUUUCUAGGACUUAAAUCCAGUUCAAAUGGUGUUCACUCAUCCUUGUUCAUCACUACAAAGUUGUGUGAUUUAUUAUGAAUCUGUUGAUUAUACGAUUUAAUUGAUAUUCCACAUGGAUCUAAAGCUGCAGCAAGUGGAUGGUAUGACACACGCCAAACCGUCAUGAAGCCAUUCCAUCACGGAUCGAAAGAACUAUUUUACACGUCUGCACGAUGUUUAAAAUGUCCUAUUUUUAUGUACAGAAUUUUACUUUUAUAGUUCUUAGUUAUUUCUCUAAAUGCGUGCCCCUUUUAUCAGUAGAUGCUAGGAGGUUUAACAAGGUUUGUCACCUUAAUCUUCCCCAUAUAAUCAUGUUCUUGUAGGAAACCUUAGAGAUUAAGAAGUAUGUAAUCUGAAUAUAUAUUUUCUUUCAUUUGUGGUUCUUUUUGUUAGUUAACAAGUGCAGUGUGGUUGAGUUACAUGUAGCCAACAACACUUGGAUACUACUCUGUGGUGCAUUUUAUAGAUACACAUACAUGUAUACAUAUGUCCAGUCAUAUGUUCACACAAUUUAGGCUUCCCUUAUCUUCAUGCUUCAAAGUGUCCAAGUUGCCCCUCCCCCAAGGAGUGCCUUAAGCCCUAGUGGUCAAUACCAUUCCAGUGAUUCAUUACAUUAUCUAGGCUUUGUAUGUUUCUUCAUCAAUCAACUAUAUUGUUGAAAAUGAUUUCAAUCUUGUUUGAUUCCUUAUGAUUUAAGUAUCCUUACUGUGAAUGUAAUUCCUUCCUGUGUUCUGUUUGUGAUUGAUGACUUUUAGACUGUGAGGUCAAAGUAAAAGUAAAAUAAUGAAAUGGCUCGUUUCCUCUACUUACAAUCACGAUUUUUUAACGUGGUUCUGUUUGUUUGGUGUGCAGACUAUCUUUUUUUUUAUCCGUACAGGUUACAGUGGGCCUUAUUCCUGAACUACAUUCAGAAUGCAAUAAAAUUUGAGCAUCUUUGGUAAAAUAACAUUUAGUGUGAAUUGUAUGUAUUUGUACCUUCUGUAUCUGUAUCUUCUUUUGAGG